AACAUUCUCUCUCUAAAACCCUCCAAUUCUCUGUCCUUCUCCCUGGCCUGUUCGCUUGGUGGAGGUGUGAACUAGCCUCCAUCAGAAGCAGCUCGGCGUUCUCUAUCGCCCUCGAUGCUCUGCAGAGAGAUACACGCGUCAAUCGACUUUGGCUGAAUUCGAUUUUGAAAGAUGUUUCCCUGGAACAUCGCCCGGUCGGCGGAAGCCAUGUUUUCGCGCUGGGCGAUGAAGAGAGUGUGCAAGUUCUUGUUGAAGAAGAAACUGGGGAAAUUCAUACUUGGAGACAUCGAUCUCAACCAGCUCGAUGUCCAGCUCAGCGCCGGCACCAUUCAGCUCUCUGAUCUCGCACUCAACGUCGAUUAUCUCAAUCAAAAGUUUGGUUCCGCAACAACUGUAGUGAUGAAAGAAGGUUCUAUUGGCUCUUUGCUGGUUAAAAUGCCCUGGAAAGGAGAUGGAUGUUGCGUCGAGGUUGAUGAACUUGAGCUAGUUUUUGCUCCACGAUCGUGCAAUAUCCCUGAAAAUGGACCCCAAGCUUGUACUUCUGGUCUAGAAUUUCAGGACCGCACCUACAAUGUCAGCCACGACUCGCCUAAUCUUGAACGUGAUACUAUUGAUACUGCUAGAGCAAGUGUUUCCUUGGAUGUUCACGAAGGAGUCAAAACUGUUGCCAACAUGGUUAAAUGGCUGCUCACAGAUUUUCAUUUUAAAAUUAGAAAACUAAUUGUAGCUUUUGAUCCUUGUUUUACCCCAGACAAGGACAAAAAUAUUACAAGUACAUUGGUUCUAAGAUUGACUGAAAUAGAAUGUGGGACAUGUAUAUCUGAGAGUGCUUCUUCAGAUUGUGAGGUGGUCUCUGGCAACUUACUUGGAUUAAGUCGAAUGACCAACCAUGUAAAGUUUCAAGGAGGUGUACUUGAAUUCGUUCACAUAAAUAGUAUUAAUGAGAAGACACCAUUUCCUUAUUCAUCAGGAACAACUGUUGGUCAACAUUCUAACCACUCUUACCAAAAUGGGACAAUCCCAGUAAUCACUGGUGACAGAAGUGGUUUUUCUGGGCACCUGAAUUUAUGUAUACCUUGGAACAGUGGAUCUCUUGAUAUGCACAAAGUGGAGGCAGAUGCUUCUAUUGAUCCCUUGCAAUUGAAAUUUCAGCCUACCAGCAUUAGAAGUUUUUUGUACUUGUGGGAUAUGUUCAGAGACAUGGAAGACAAAAGCAGCAGCAUUAUCAAGGGAAAUGAAUCCGACCAAUGUAACGAACAGCUGAAUUUUAGUUUAUCAAGUAUGGAUUCUUGUAGGCUCAGUGAAGGGUUUUUUCCUGGAGGGAAAAAAGAUUCUACUGAAUAUCUCCCUCUAACUGAUGAAGAGCCAGUGGCUGAAGCCCUACUCUCUGAGUCACAUCUUAUUCCAGAUUGGCUGAGGAGCCAUACAGACAAGUUGGAAGAGCCUGAUUUUGGAACAAGUGUGGACCAGUUUUUUGAAUGUUUUGAUGGUAUGAGAAAUUCACAGUCAGCUCUGGGAAGUAGUGGGAUGUGGAAUUGGACAUGUUCGGUUUUUAGUGCAAUAACCGCUGCAUCCAAUCUUGCUUCUGGAUCAUUAUAUAUUCCUUCUGAUCAGCAGCUGCAUAUUGAAACCAACGUCAGGGCAACUAUUGCCAAAUUAUCUAUAAUCCUGUUCUUCACCGACGAGGAAGACAUUCAAUGCUCCACUGUGAAGACUGGUGGAAUUACUGCUGGCUCUUUUGAUCAUUAUAUGAGUGCACAUUUUGAUGACCUCUUUCUUGUCCUGCAGGCGCGACAUCAAGAAAUGAGUUUUGAAGCCAAAGUCCAGCAUUUUGGGCUGGCUGAUUGCUUCUCUAAUGGGGAUCUUAUGUUGAAAAGCAGCAAGUGUAUAGAGGAAAUUCAAGAUGCAGUUCAAAGUGCCAUUCCAGAUUUUUCUGGGUCCAGUGGAGAUUAUGAAUUAAAAAAAGUAUCUGGUGAUCCUGGAGUUAUUUCUAUGCUUCCUAACUAUAGGAGCACACUCCCUAAAACAUUUAGUGCCCCAGAUGAUGUGGUUCAGGUUGAAUUACUUCAAACAAUUGGUCAUAGUCAGUUCCAAAUCACAAUUGGUUCGUCCGGUAAUUUGUUCACUGGGCCAUCGUCCUUCUCAUUGAAGCUACCAUACUUCAUUUUUUGGUUGAACGUGAAUUUGGUAAGUGCAAUAUCUGAAUUUCUGAAGCAAAUUGGGCAUUGUUUUGAGAGGACUAGUCUAAAGGCUCCUUAUGAAAUGAAGAUCCCUUCAGCGCAACAAAAUUUAACAGGCAAUGUAUUUCUUCCAAAAGCUAGGAUUAUAAUGUGUUUCCCAUUUGGAAACGGUGAAGGUUCAAGGAGCUACUCUUCCUGGGAGCAGUUUAUUGCUCUUGACCUGUCUUCAUCCCCAGGAAAGAAAAAAGAUCCUGUGAACCCAACUUCAAUUGCUUGUUCUAAGAACAAAUAUGCUUUAAAAGCAUCAAAAUCCUUACAUUUGAAUUUCAGGGAUCUCAAGAUGUACUUAAUUACCUUAGCAUCUAAAGAGAAUGUUUAUAGCAGCUCUGGGAUCAAACUCAAAUGGAAAUUUUCAGCUCAGAACAUUAUGUCCAUUUCUUGUGGAACACAAACUUCUGUUAUUAGCUUUUUCUGGCAAGAUUGUCCUGUUGUUGCUUCAGCUGAUACAGUGAAGAAGGUGAAACUCCUUGCUUCUUCAGAUAUUAAUGGGUGUGGAGAUAGGUUUAGGGGGAAAGACUUUGAAUUUGCAUCUUUUAAUACAGUAAAGGGUUCAGAAGACUUUGAUGGUAUUCAAAAGAAGAUGAUGGAAAGUUCAGAGUUUUCCAUUCAUGCUCAAAUAUCUCUUCUCACUGCGAAUUUAAGCAAAUUUCAGUACGAUUGCAUGCAUGGUCUUCUGAGUCAGUUGAUAAAUUAUGUAUCACAAAUGGUCUCUGUUCCAGUCGAUUCUGAAGAAAAAUCUUUUGCAGCACAAGCAUCAACUCUUAUUGAAUGCGAAUCGUUAUCUAUUUCAAUCAGAAGUGCAGAAGUAGGGGAGAGCAUGAAGGGACUGUUCCAGUAUGAACUUGAAGGUCCUUGGCAUAAUAUGAGACUUGAGGUUCAUAAGUUUAAACUUUUUUCUGGUUCUGACAUUGGAGGAAUCAGUAAGACUAGUUUUCUCCGCAUCACCCACUGUGAUGGAAAUUUGUGGGGGGGUGUUUCUGGAAUUACAAGGGAAGAAAUUCUUCUGAUAUCAUGCAACAGUGCUUCAAUGGGACGUGGUGAUGGAGAUGGCUCAAACACAUUAUCUAUCAAAAGUUCAGGUUCUGACAUAAUACACCUUUUCGAUCCUCAAGGCAGGAGCAAUCACAUAUCCAUUACUGUUAGGGGUGGUACUGUUGUAGCAGUUGGUGGACGGUUGGAUUGGUUGGAUACCAUUACAUCUUUUUUCAGCUUGUCCUCUCCUGAAGCUAAAGAAUUUGAUGACAUUUCACAGAAAAAAGAGUGUAAAGAAAGUCUGCCUUUUGAAUGCUCUUUUGUUCUUAACUUGGUAGACAUUGGUUUGAGUUAUGAGCCUUAUUUGGGGCUUAAUAGAGGCUCUCAUACCAACAUACAUUUGAGUAACAUAAAUGAAGUGAUAGAUGAGCAGCACAUUGCUUGCCUAUUGGCUGCAUCUUCCUUGAGGCUAUCCAACACCAGUUUUGCUGAGUCAAAUAUCAGGGAUUACAGAAUUACCAUGCGAGACUUGGGCUUGCUUCUUUCUGUUGUUCGUGAACCUGGGAGAGCAUUCCAUAUUUAUAGUGUGGAGCAUCUUCACAAGAUAGGUUAUGUCAAAAUUGCUCAAGUGUCAAACAUUGAAGCACUUUUGAGAAUUGACUCUGAGAAUGGGUAUCCGUGGCAAGUCGAAUGCUCAGAGUCUCAUAUUGUUCUGAAUACUUGCCAUGACACUGUUUCUGGUUUGAUUCAUUUGGUCACCCAACUACAACAGAUAUUUGCACCUGAUAUUGAAGAAUCAGCAGUGCACCUGCAGACAAGAUGGGAGAAUGCUCAACACGUAAAUAGAGAUGCAUCAACUUCUUCAGUGCUGACAUCAAUUGCAGAUGUGGAGUGUAAAGCCAGUAUAAUAAAUCUCAUGGAUGAAAUAUGCGAAGAUGCAUUUCUGGUGGAAAGAACCGAUAGUGCACUAGCUGAUUCUAAUGAAUCACCGAUCCAUGUCUCAUCGUUAAAUGGUAGUUGUAUUGGUGAGACAUGUUACUAUAGUUACAGUGAAGGUCAACAUUUCUUUGAGAAAGUUCCUAUUUCUGAGUCAUCUCCUGCACCUGGGCUACAAAAUAUUGAGAGUUUGCUUUCAGAAGAAAAUUUGCCUGAAAUCAUCGAAGAUUAUUUAUUGCCUGAUUUUUGCUGUCUCUCAGAGCCUCCAUUGGAAGGGAAGUCACCUAAUGAUACUGUCAAGUGCAAAACUAGUUCUCCUAUGAGUGAGGGGUGUCAAAGAGAAAGUAGUGGGUGGUAUGAGGAGAGCUCAUUAAGAAUCUUAGAGAAUCACAUUUCAGAAUCUAGUAGACAGGCUGGUUUCCUGCGACACGAGUGUGAGGCUUCUAGCAGUCAAAAUGAAGUGGAUGACAGUGGAAAAAUCAAGGGCCGUAUAGUUUUUAAUAACAUGAACGUCGUCUGGAAAUUAUAUGGUGGUUCCGACUGGCAAAGUUUAGAAAAAACAGGCCAAUGUUCUGCUGGUACAUGUGGGGGGCGAGAUACAACUUCAUGUUUAGAGCUCCUAUUGUCUGGAGUGGGCUUUGAGUAUGACAUUUAUCCUGAUGGUGGAGUACAUGCUUCUAGACUGUCCAUCACAGUUCAGGAUUUUUUUCUCAGUGACUGCAGCAAUGAUGCCCCAUGGAAACUGGUACUGGGGUAUUAUCAAUCAAAAUAUUGCCCAAGAAAGUCCUCGUCUAAAGCAUUUAAGCUUGUUCUCGAAGCUGUCAGACCUGAACCUGCCACCCUUUUGGAGGAAUACCGAUUGCGUAUUGCUCUCCUCCCAAUACGGUUGCAUCUUCACCAAAUCCAGCUUGAUUUUCUCAUCAGCUUUUUUGGAGGAACAAACUCAGUAAGUAACUCAUCACAUGUUGCUUCACAAAAUCUAUAUGAACCGAGAGCAAUUUCAAAGCAGAAAAUUUUGAUGGGUGGCCAUGCAGUUUCCAUGGAGGCAUUACUUCCAUAUUUUCAGAAAUUUGACAUAUGGCCUAUACUUGUCCGGGUUGACUAUAGCCCUUGCCGUGUUGAUUUGGCUGCGCUAAGAGGUGGAAAAUAUGUGGAGCUUGUCAAUCUUGUGCCUUGGAAGGGUGUUGAGAUGAACCUCAAACAUGUACUGGGUACUGGUGUCUUUGGCUGGGAUUGUGUGUGUGAAAUGAUAAUAGGGGAGUGGUUGGAAGAUAUCUCCCAGAAUCAGAUUCAUAAACUACUGAAAGGGCUCCCUCCUAUUCGAUCAUUGGUUGCUGUUGGUUCUGGUGCUGCCAAAUUGGUGUCUCUUCCGGUGAAAAGCUACAAAAAGGAUCAAAAAUUGCUGAAAGGGAUGCAAAGAGGAACAAUUGCAUUCCUUAGAAGUAUAUCACUUGAAGCAAUUGGAUUAGGAGUACAUUUGGCAGCUGGAGCUCAUGAAAUUUUACUGCAAGCAGAAUACAUAUUGACAACUAUUCCACCAUCUAUCCCAAUGUCAGUAAAAAAUAGGGGGGACAGUGUGAGAUCGAAUCAGCCUGACGAUGCUCGGCAAGGAAUCCAGCAGGCAUAUGACAGUAUUAAUGAUGGAUUCAGUAAAUCUGCCUCAGCCUUAGUAAGAGCACCGUUGAAAAGAUACCAACGUGGAGCAGGAGUGGGAUCUGCUUUAGUGACCGCUGUAAAGGCUGCUCCUGCUGCAGCUAUUGCUCCAGCCUCAGCCACUGCACGUGCUCUCCACUGUGCUCUUCUAGGGGUUAGGAACAGUCUUGAUCCUGGACGAAAGAAAGAGUCUUUGAAUAAAUACCUGGGAACGUCUCCAAGUCAACAUUUCAUGUAGUUGGUUUGUGUAAUCAGGAGAUUGAUAUGUUCCUGCUUUCUGAUGCACUCUCAAAUGGUGGCAAUUUUUUCUCAAAUUGCUUAUUUAUUGGGUAUUCAAUGACAAAUCUACUGAAACAAGGGAGUGUGAAUUCAAUUGGGAAGGACAUUGAAAGCAACAGUGAUGGGGCCCACCGCUCACACAUCCCAUUGGGCAUGUCUUGCUUGGUUCCUCCUUGCAAGCCGUUAAUUCUUCUGAGCAUAGGUGUACACUUAGUGCUGAUUCUUUUACUGUAAAAAGAAAUGUUUAUACUUUACAUGCUGAUGUGUAUAUAUGAAAUGUAUAUAAAAAGUAAGGGUUAUUCUUUUGCUCUUUUUAUUUUUUCCUUUUUUAUGCUCUAUCAAACAGAGCAUUGUAAAUAUUUGGACAUUUGAUCAGUUGUAGUGUCUUGUGUUGUGUUAGUUUCCCAACAAAUCUUUGAGUUCCCAAUUACCUUGUUUGUAUAAUUGUAUAUGUAGAUUUCUAUUGUCAGCUUUUGUAAAAGUGCUAAAAUGCAUGGUUUCAGCACGAGGUUAUAUUCAAAGUUAUCUUGUACGGC